GGUUCCCAAGAAAGCUGCAUUACUUUUUUAUUUAUUUAUUUAUUUUUGUUUUCUCUUGCUUUCUCUCUUCAUUCACCUAACAUCUUCACUUUUUCUUUUUUUUUUCUUUUUCUUUUUUCAAGAUGAUCAUUGAUCAGUACUCUAAAUUUUCAGCUGCUAACUUUCAUUGUUUUUUUUGAAAUUUUUUGUUUUUUUUUUAACAUGAGAACUGAAGUAUCAUUUUUUCAGUUUACUUUUCACCGACUUUAGGUGGAACAAUCAGUCGAACCAGAUGUUGAAAAUGUAUUAGCUGUGUAAUUAGUUGGAUAAAGUUCCUUGUAUCCAUGGCUGGGGAUCUGUGGGAUUCAGCAAUUAAUCAAGGUUCACCAGAGAGCAGUUACACCAUGCGAUCUGGAUGGAAUUGUGACUUUUACUUUGGUCAUGGACAUGAUUUGAUAGAAGAAAAUGCUUUGAAUGAGAAAUCCUGUUCAGAAGUGUUGAGGAUAUUGAUAACAAAGGCAGAUACUGAGAUUGGUGAACUUGAAAAGGAUCUAAAGUGUCUUCAAGUCCAACUAGCAGCUGAAAAUGAAGAGGUUUAUGAAUUAUGCUGCAAUCUCUUGAAAACAAGGAUUAAAUGCUUCAAUAUGGCAAGCAGGAGCUUGAAAAUUAAUGGUAGCAUCAUUGGGGCUGAGUUAUCAAUGCCUGGAAGACCUGCACGUAAGGCACAUGAGAUUGUGAAGAAUCUUCUUCGAAGUAACAUAGAUAAGAAAGAUCAAGAAAAUGCUUUGAGUGAGGAAUCUUUUUUGCAAGUAUUGAAGAUAUUAAUAACAAAGGCAAAUACUGAAAUUCAUGAACUCGAAAAAGAUCUAGAGUUUCUUCAGACUGAACUAGCCUGGGCUGAACAUGAAGAAUUUUCUGAAAUAUGCUGUGAUGUUUUAAGAGAAAAGAUCGAUUUCCUUGAUAAAUCAUUAAGGAGCUUCAGCAGUAAUGAUGAUAAUGAUAUUGGGUUGCAAUUACCAAUGCGUAGAAAGCCUGCAGAUAACAUACAUGAGAUAGUGGAGGCUCUUCUGCAAAAGUACCUCCAAGAGAGAGAACAGCAACCUUCAGCAGUUGCUAUCUUGGAUUCAAGAUCAGAUGCUUCAGCACAUGCAAUUAAACUUUUAACUGAGAACAGAGAAAAGAGAAAAUUGGACUCAAAUAUCAUUGAAAUGGAGGAAAUCAAAGAAAUUGAAGCUUCCACAGAAAGUAGCACAAGCGUGUCCUCUCUGGAGAUUCAAGAAAAGAAAGCAAAUAAUUCUAAAACAAUUAAGCCUGCUGAUGCUAUUGUUAAAGUUUCUAGCUCUAAUUCUCUUAGCUUUGCAAGUGGAUUCUUCAAUGAUAUGAAAAACUCUGGCAAUUUUGAUUUGAAAGCGAAUGGGGAUAUGGUAAUAGGGGAACAGCAUAUUACUCCAACUGAAGAAAAUAAAAUCGGCAAUUCAUCAUUAGCUCAUGGAGAAAAAGGAAUGCUUCAAAAAGCCAAUCAGCUCUCAAAUGCGGUUGUGAAGCAUACCUAUCGUGAUGCGCUCAAACAACCAGCUUUUAUCUAUGGGAGGAAUAAAUCUUCUGAAUCCCAAUUAAGUGCUUCAAGACUAGCAAAGAAAGAAAACUGUGGUGUCAAGCGAAAGCUAAUUGGUUUUGUUCCACAAACUUCUCAACAAGAGGGUAUCAGUGAUUCAAAAGUUCCUAUGAUGAACAAGAUUGAUUCUUCAAAUUCGCAGUCAAAGACAGAAGUAGAUGUAAGAAACCUUGUACAAAUUGUGACCAAGAGUCAACAUCUUGCGUUGACUUUGGAGGAUCAGAUAGGGAAAAGUACAACCGAGACUGAACCUGAGGAGGUAAGAGAACCACAUCUUGGAUCUCAUAAGGCUAUUGUUGUUUAUGACAAGAAGUCCCACUUAAAUGUGGACGUGAAACCAAAAACAGCCAUGGGGAAGAAGAAAUUUCAAACGUAUACAAAAAGUGUCCAAGGACGGACUCUCUCAGCGGCAGAGAUUGAAUUGCAAACACCCAUUUCAAAAGCCAAAAGACAACCAAAAUCUGACAUUCAUGAUGACAGUGCCCCUUUAAGUCAGCUUAUAGUAUGGAAGCCUUUAAAGAAGUCGGUUCAGCCUGACCAUUGUACCAAAGAGCAUGGUAAAAUGGUCAAAAAGGAAAAGGAACAAUGGCACAAUUGUGAGAUUGAAUUUAAAGAUCCAAUCUUAGAGUCGAAAAGGAAAAGGAAACACGCCUCAAGUUUGCCAUUCUCUGCUGGGAGUAAUGUACACGCCUCAAGUUUGCCAUUCUCUGCUGGGAGUAAUGUCUUGGCUGCAAACAUGGACGACUCGGUUUCGCCAAGCAAUGGAACUGUCAGUGGUUGUAAAGCUCUUCAAAUGGUGAAGUCAUCUCCCUUGGCUGUUGAUAGCAGUGGGUGGGCUAUUGUUCCUGUGCCUUCUGCAACAUUUAACUUUGCGGACUUGAAAGUACCUGAACUGAAGGCCAUUGCAAAGAAACGGAAACUGAAAAAGUUCCAUAAGCUUAAAAAGAAGGAUCUGAUUGAACUCCUUGAGCAUCCAUCAUGUCAGUAAAUUUACAGGUGAUAUACAAUUUUUGUUCUGGUAUUUUCUCGUUUGCCUUUUUGCCAUACUUUCCUCAUUGUCCAUACCAUCCACCCUUAACACCCAGACUUCCAUCUUCAGCAAGUCAGGUAUAGGUAAAAGAUGUAUAUGAUAUGAGAAUAUAGGAUAGCAAGUCCUUCACAAGUUUAUGAAGUGAUGUUUCAAAUAGUACAUAUACCUGUGAUGGAGUGAUUACAAUGACACUAGGAAGUAAAUUUUGGUAACGUUAGUACUAUUGAACUGGCAUUAUGAUGUCAGGUUAGCUGUCUUAUUGUAAGUCGAAAAUUAUGAAUACAACUGAAAAUGCCCACUUGAUAGUGUUUUCUGUUU